CAACAAUAGAAGAAAAUCCUCCAAAGAAAAGCCUUCAAUGUACAAGAUAUUUGCGAUAUAAUCCAUAUGGAAUUUAUACACAUUAUGAUUUAGAAUGUGCUAAAAAAAAUGGAUUGAAAGUAUAUUUAAUGAAUGAAUCACCAAAUGCACUUAUAUAUGAAAAAAAUACUCGUAUUAGUGGAAGAGACAUGUUUAGUAAAUGGGGAAAUAUAUUAUAUAAUAUUAAGAAAGAAGGUAGAAUAGCUGGAAAAGGUAUCUUAUAUGAGCAAAGAAAUGGGCAAAAUUAUAGUACACACCCACAAAUAAAACCAUUUUUAUUAGCAUCAGCACGAAAAAGAAUAUCAGAAAUUGUAAAACCACUAGGAGAUCAAGUAAAAUGUAUAUAUACAAAUGGUUUUAUUGUAGCUGGAAAAGUAGAACUUAAAACGAAAAUAGAAAUGGGCAUGCUAAAAUUAGAGAAAAGAGGA